AAUGUCGAUGGAACUGCGCAUGACAAAACUUGUUGUCACGUUCCUCACAAGCCCGGUGCGGUUUUUGCCGCGGUGUGUAAAUAUUCCGCAUUUAUUGUGAAUUUAACGAAUGUGUAAUUGUUGGGUGAAAUGAGAAGGCUCAAUUCGAUGGAGCCGUGCGGAGCAAAAAGGCUCGAAGCCGAAUUAGAAGCUGCGCGAGAGGGUCUGCGAGAUUUGGAUCACGAUAUCAGAAAAAUUCACGGCCGGGAACUUCCCAAUGGCGGAAAUAGGACUGCACCGCGUUCCCCUAGUCUUAGACGGGGUCAAAAACGACCUCUUCCAGAGGAUCGCAAAAGAAGCUUGGAUUUUGGAAAUAACGAUCAGCCCGGUGGCAAGAGACGUGGACAACCACCUCCGGGUGAACCUAAAACAGUGUUCAGUCGACUCAGCGCUAGAGUUCCUUCCAAUCCUGAUGACAGUGCAGACGAAGAUGAUAGCGCCAUUAAGCCUGCUGUUCCGUCAAGAGUUAUAGCAACGCCUAGAGAAGUACCAUCUCGUCAGGAAGUGUUGAAACGAGAAAGAGUCGAUGAACGAAGUAGACAGCGGAACAAAAGAAUGUUUGGCGCUUUGCUUGGGACUUUACAAAAGUUCCGACAGGAAGAAACUAAGUUGAAAGCAAAAGAGGACAAAAAAGCAGAAGUCGAGGCGAGAGUGGAGGAAGCAAAGAGGCGCGAAAAAGAAGAGCUGAGACGAGAAAGGCAGCAACUGUUUCUUUCCCGUAAACGGCAAUUGGCAGAGGUUCGAGCUCUCGAAGCAAAACUCGCGAGAAGCAAGGAAUUCCAAGAGUGGCGAGCUGCACAAUUACCACUCGCAUCUUUUAUCAAAACUCGGGCGCACCCUUCGAUAUAUUAUUUACCGAAGCGUCAGCACCCCCGGACAGAUGCUCUGCUUGAACAAUGCGCCAAAGAACUCCACGAAGAAGUACAGCGACGAGAAACCGCGUUGACCGAAGAGCUUGAAUUGAUUGAAUCACAGGCUGGUUACGGAAAGAAUCAGCAGCAAUACGACGGGAUUGGAAUGCCAAUGCAAGCCAGCGAAAUUUCGCAAGUAGCAUCAACGGAGGCUGAAGAGAAUCGGGAUCCAAAUCCCGAGCCGAACGUAUGUAACGAUCAGUUGUCAAUGACGAUAGAUUCCAAGUUAUCACCGAAAAUAGUGAAGGAGGAAAUGCCGUUACCGAUCAUUCAGAUCGACGAGAUAGUCGACUCGGAGUUAAAUAAUGACAAAUUGAUGGUUAAGCCGGAAAAGGAAGAAAUGGAAGAAGAGGAGGAGGAGGAGGAAGAUCAAGAUCACGAGGACGAAAAUAAUCGCUAGCAGUUGGUCUUUCUUUCUCCUUCUCGUUGUAUAUAAUAUAUAGCACCGUCGCAUUUCGUUGAGUCCGCGAAAAGAGAGAAGAAAUAAAGAUUUUUUAUGAAAAUAAUCGAAGCAGAAGAUCAACUUAUUCAGAUGAAAGAAUAAGGAAGAAAAGUGACUAAUAAGAAACAUCGAACAUUUUCAAUGUUUGUAUAACUAUCAUAAAAUCCUUCGACUUGUCCAAUCAUUUUAAUUUUCAUCGAACGCAUUGAUGCAUCAUUCAUUUUUCACUCUCAAAUCAAGCUCUGUCCAUCUGCUAACGAUAUGCUCAUCUCCAUUUUGACCGACGUCUUUUUUCAUUGCAUUUCAUUCGACAAGAAACCGCUGAUCAAUAUAUAUAUUGCAAUAACUCAUGAAAUUAUUAUAAAAAUAAAAGAACUUGAAGUUUCAAACAAUUAUUAUGGUAAUGACUAUUGUAUUUCUUAGUUUUAUAGAGAAUUAUCAGUUCGAAAAGUACAAAAAAAUGUGCUCAAACUCGGCACAUUGAACCAGCAUUAUGCAAGGAAGAGAAAUAAACUGUAAAAUUAUGCAACUUAUUAAAAACGAACCCAAAAUCUUUUGUUUUUACCGAUUAGUCGAAUAUAUUGCACGCACAAUUGACAAAAGUAAAUAAAUUUUUGGUUAUUGCUCAAA